CGAACUUGGGAACAUUGAUCGCCACGGCUAUCUUUAUACAUACAGGAUACGACAAUUUGGAUUUGCGACGGCACCUCGCCGCCCACUUCCAUCAUGGUUCUUCAAGAUCUAGGGCGGCGCAUCAGCACCGCCUUGAAUGAUGUCACGCGCGCGCCGAAUCUCGACGAGAAGGCUUUCAAGACCAUGCUCAAUGAGAUCUCGGCCGCCCUCCUAGAAGCCGAUGUAAACGUGCGACUUGUCAGUCGACUCCAGACCUCGAUACGGAGCGCCGUAAACUUCAAAGACCUACCGCCGGGGGUCAACAAGAAACGCCUGAUUCAGAAGGCCGUCUUCGACGAACUCGUCAAGCUCGUGGAUCCACAUGCCGAGCCCUUCAAGCCUAAGAAAGGCAAGUCUAAUGUCAUCAUGUUUGUCGGUUUGCAGGGUGCCGGAAAAACGACAACGUGUACCAAGCUUGCGCGACAUUAUAUGGCUAGGGGGUUCAAGGCCUGUCUUGUGUGCGCCGACACCUUCCGUGCCGGUGCUUUUGACCAGCUCAAGCAGAAUGCUGUCAAGGCCAAAAUCCCGUACUAUGGUUCUCUGACGGAGACGGAUCCCGCUGUUGUCGCGAGGGACGGUGUGGCCCAGUUCAAGAAAGAGAAGUUCGAGAUUAUCAUCGUCGAUACGUCAGGUCGGCAUCGCCAGGAAGCGGCCCUGUUCCAAGAGAUGACGGAUAUCCAAAGGGCGGUCAAACCAGACGAGACCAUCAUGGUGCUCGACUCUUCCAUCGGUCAACAAGCUGAAGCACAAGCCAAGGCCUUCAAAGAUGCUGCGGACUUUGGGGCCAUUAUCAUCACGAAAACAGACGGCCACGCAAGUGGUGGUGGCGCCAUCUCCGCCGUUGCAGCCACACAUACACCAAUCGUCUUCAUAGGUACCGGUGAACACAUGCUGGAUCUCGAGCGUUUCUCGCCGCAACAAUUUGUCAACAAGCUAUUGGGAAUGGGCGACAUGGCUGGACUCGUGGAGCACGUCCAGUCAUUAAAACUCGACCAAAAGGACACAAUCAAGCACAUCACCGAAGGAAUCUUUACUAUCCGCGAUCUACGCGAUCAGCUGGGCAACAUAAUGAAGAUGGGCCCACUUUCCAAGAUCAGCGGCAUGAUCCCGGGGAUGGCCAACAUGCCAGGCAUGGACCAGAUGGAUAACGAAGAAAGCAGCGCGAAGCUCAAGCGCAUGAUCUACAUCUGUGACAGCAUGACGGAGAAGGAGCUCGACAGCGAUGGCAAGAUGUUCGUCGACCAGCCCACGCGUAUGACACGUGUUGCCUGCGGCGCUGGCGUCAGUGUCCGCGAGGUCGAGGACUUGCUCACGCAGCAGCGCAUGAUGGCGGGUAUGGCCAAGAAGAUGGGCGGUAGUAUGAAGAAUAUGCAGCGUGCGCAACAGGCUAUGGGCGGCGGGAACAAGGCCCAGCAAAUGGCGGCUAUGCAGAAGCGGUUGCAGAGUAUGGGUGGUGCCGGCGCUGGAGGCAUGCCUGACAUGGCGGCCCUCGCUCGUAUGAUGGGCGGCGGCGCUGGUGGUGGCAUGCCUGGAGGGAUGGAUAUCCAGAACAUGAUGAAGAGCAUGGGCAUGGGAGGUAUGAUGGGUGGUGGUGGUGGUGGCCGGGGUGGCAGGAGGUGAUCAGCGACAAGUUGUACGAAUACAGCUUCUUACCAUUGGCACUUUCGGGUUGCUGAAUAGUUGGCAAUUCGUGCCGUAGACGUCGACGAUUUGGGCCAUUGCACAUCCCACGGACCCUCUUUGAAGGCCCAAAGCCUCUACUAAAGUCCCGAAUCGAACCAAAGUUUGCGGCAUAGGCCGGCGUUAGAUUACUGGUCCAACAAUGCCACCAGCUUACACCAGAUGUCUCAUGUAGCGACUGUAGUGGCUGUAUCGCCCGUAUUAUGGCUUGGCAGCACACAGUCCUUCUAUAGUCAAAAUCGAACUGCUCAGUUACCAAAUG